AUGUGUGGCACUGAAGAGGUCCAGACCACCGAGCCACAAGUACAUAUUCUUUGCUCGGCUCCGGGCUUUACAGUACCUUAUCCGGACGACGUGGAUGCAAAGGUUACCGAAAGUAAUACAAUCUUUAACUGGGGCGGUGUUACAAUAGCAAAGAUAUCUCCUACUCUCGUCGUGAAAUUCGGAUCUCAUGUUACACUCAACGAAGCCAAAAACAUGAUGUUCGUUGGGCAAAACACAGAUCUCCCAGUACCGAAAGUAUUUGCCUGCUAUUCCUAUGGCCCAAUAGAUCGAGAUAUCAAAGACUACGGUAGUUUAUUCGACACAUAUAUAUUUAUGAGCUAUGUGGAAGGCCAGACUCUAGAUAAGGUGUGGGACACGUAUGAAGAUAUACCAAAAAGCCGUAUUACCAGUCAACUAAAAGAGUAUAUCCACCAACUUCGUCAACUUCGCCAUGAGAAUUAUAUCGGCUCAGCUGAUUUCGGCCCUGUUACGGAUCCAAUCUUAGAGACCUAUUCUAACAAAGGACCGUUUGAUUCUGAAGAAUCCUUCAAUAAUGCAAUCAUCGAAGCAUACCAGCUAAAAGCACCAAAACGUCAUAUCAAGAGUUUCCUAGUUGGCAUGCUUUCCCAGAAACGAUAUCAAAUCGUAUUUACCCACGGAGACUUGCGUCCUCAAAAUAUAAUGGUCAACCAUGGAAACAUCAGCGGGAUUGUAGAUUGGGAGUUUAGUGGCUGGUAUCCAGAAUACUGGGAGUUUUCAAAUGCCCUCUAUGUUUGGAAGUGGCAGAAUGAUUGGACCAACUAUCUCAUACAGCUUCUGGAGCCUUAUUAUUCGGAGUAUGCAGUUCAUUCUUUCUUGACGGAGGUACUAUGGUGA